AUGGACCCCGAAUUGGACCCACUAUGGCAGCAUCUCGACUGGGCCAUUGGGCAGAUGCUCAUUAUGGGAUGGGAUGGCACUGAAGUCACCCCCCAGAUCCGUAACCUGAUCGAGCAACACCACCUCGGCUCUAUCUUGCUGACUGCAAAAAACCUCAAAUCUGCCCAACAGACGGCAAGGCUCGUCCAGGAGCUGCAGACCAUCGCCCACCGGGCAGGCCAUCCUCAACCCUUGCUGAUCGCCGUCGACCAGGAGAACGGCGGCGUCAAUAGCCUUUACGAUGAGGACUACAUCUGUCAGUUUCCUAGUGCCAUGGGCCAGGCUGCUGCCGGCAAUGCCGAGCUCGCCUACAAGGUUGCCAAGGCGACGGCAACAGAAGUCUCAGCCGUCGGCGUGAACCUCAUCCUGGGCCCGGUGCUGGAUGUUUUGACCAACGCCCGCUAUCAGCCGCUCGGUGUAAGGGCUACUGGCGAUGACCCCCAGGAGGUGUCCCAAUAUGGCAUCGCCGCCAUGAAUGGGUACAAAGACGCCGGGGUAGCCACCUGCGGCAAGCACUUCCCAUCCUACGGCAACCUGGACUUUCUCGGCUCCAGUCUGGACAUCCCCAUCAUCACCCAAACGCUCGAAGAACUCUCGCUCAGUUCUCUUGUCCCCUUCCGCAAUGCCAUCGCCACUGGCAAGCUGGACGCCAUGUUCGUCGGUGGCUGCGGCAUCACCAACCCCUCCAUGAGUGUCAACCACGCCUGCUUGUCCGACCAGGUAGUCGAUGACUUGCUGAGGAAUGAACUCGGUUUCCAGGGCGUUGCCAUCUCCGAGUGUCUCGAGAUGGAAGGCCUCCGAAACGAAAUUGGCGUCAAGACGGGCACGGUCAUGGCUGUCGAGGCCGGCUGCGACCUCGUCAUGCUCUGCCGUGCCUACGACGUACAACUCGAGGCCAUCUCGGGACUCAAGCUAGGCGUGGAGAACGAGCUCCUCACCAAGGAGCGCAUCUACACAUCCCUCAAGAGGGUUCUGCGUCUGAAAAAGUCAUGCACUUCGUGGCCCAAGGCGCUGAACCCGCCUGGAAUCAACCUAUUAUCCAAGAUUCACCCCAGUCAUCUUGCGCUUUCUCUCAAGGCCUAUGAGGACUCCAUCUCCGUGAUCAGAGACACCGAAAAGCUGCUUCCGCUGACGAACUCAAUGCACCAGGAAGAGGAGCUGCUCCUAUUGACUCCCCUGGUGAGGCCGCUGCCAGCAUCGUCUAUGAGCAAGGCGCUCGUGGAGGCCAAGAGCAAGUCCGAUACGCCCACAUUGCAUGACAAAUGGGCGCACCGGGACCAAAGGUCCAUCAUGAGUGGCGAGGGAGUGUUUAGGGAAAUGGGGAGGUCUCUCGCCCGUGCUCGGCACGGCAAAUUGCUCCAUACUUCUUACACCGCCAACGGUGUGAGGCCAGUGCACGAAAAUCUGAUCAACCGGGCUUCCUGCAUCAUCAUUGUGACGGCAGACGCCAACAGGAACCUGUACCAGGCGGGCUUCACCAAGCAUGUCUCCAUGAUGUGCUCGAUGUUGAGGGCAAGCGGGCAAAAGAAGUCGCUUAUCGUCGUUGCGGUCAGCUCGCCCUACGACUUUGCCAUGGACAAGUCGAUCGGAACAUACAUCUGCACUUUUGAUUUCACCGAGACAGCCAUGGCUGCUCUGGUCCGGGCCCUGUGUGGCAAGUUCAAGCUACAGGGGACGCUGCCAGGCACGCUUCGGAAGAGCAGAAAGGUGCAGAAGUCCAGGCAACACUGGCUUGUCGAAGCCUACAACCGUGACCGGGACGCGGGAGGACUCGACGACCUCCUCCAGGCCUUAGCCCGGGCGAGUGCCCCAGCUCACCAAUUCCUGCAGACGACCGGCGCGCACACGUUCGAGUUGUUCAACCCCAACAUCGAGGAAGCCCACUUUGUGGUGCGCAACAGCAGCACCCAGGCCCUCUACGGCUUUUGCGCGACCUACUUUGUUCAAGGCACGGGCAUCAUCGGGGCCAUCUUCGUUGACCCUUCCAAGCGCAAUGUGUCCAUUGGCAGGUCCCUACAUCGCCGAGCCCUCCGAGGCCUCGCGCAGAAACGCGGAAUCAAAAGGAUUCAGCUCGGCAUGUCCUUCCCGGGCGUUUUUCUCGGCAUUCCGACCGACGACAACGCCAGCCUCAGACAGUGGUUCUCCAACGGCGGCUGGGACCUACAAUUUCCCCGGCGACUCGCCAACAUGAGCAUCACCCCGCUCAGCAGCUGGAGCGCCCCCGAGGGCUUGCUACAGUGCAUCCAGCGCGCCGGGAUCAGCUUCGACCUGAUCCACGGCCCGGACAACGCGGAGUCGGUACUCGCCCACGUCCGCACCCACGCCAACCCGGAGGUGUUCGAGCUGUACCGCUUCGCGCUGCAAGAGGUCAACAACAAGACGUGCGGCGUGGUCCGCGCCAAAGGCCACGCCGAGAGCCUGCUGGGAACCGUCAUCAUCUGUAGCCCCGGCAGUUCGCUAGCCGGGUUCAUCCCCGCCUUGCACUCCCCACCGGCAGAGCCGGAUGAGAUGAUUGGGGGCAUCGUGGCGCCGGUCAUGGUGCCGGCCACAGCCCAGGGGAGUUUGGUACUGCAGGGCCUGGCGCUCAUGGGCUUGCGACAGAACAAGGCGCACAAGGCGGUCCGCAGCGUGCUGAGCUGGGUGCUGGACGAGGCGGUCGAGCCGAUGCUGGCGAUGGGGUUUGACGUGGUGCAGGCCUUUGAGGAGUUUACGAAUUCGCCGGAAAAUUGGCAGGAUUUGGCUUGA